AUGAAAAAAAUAUCAACGUUGAUAUCAGUUUUUUUACUUUCCUUCAUAUUAAUAACAACAUUAAUACCUCAAUUUAAUGGCAACUGUAAUUUUGGAGUAAAUGCACAAGAAAAAAAUCCUAAAGAAACUUCAGCUCUUCCUGUUAAGGAUCCCGCACCUACAAAGGAUCCCGCACCUGCACCAUCAAAAGAUCCCGCACCUGCACCAUCAAAGGAUCCCGCACCCGCACCAUCAAAGGAUCCCGCACCCGCACCAUCAAAGGAUCCCGCACCCGCACCAUCAAAGGAUCCCGCGCCCGCACCACCAAAAGAUCCUGCACCAACAAAAGAUCCUGCACCAACAAAAGAUCCUGCACCAACAACAGAUCCUGCACCAACAAAAGAUCCUGCACCAACUGAAAAAACACCAGAUCCCCCAAGCCCAACACCUGUAGUAACAUCAACACAACCACCUGAAGUAACGCAAGAAUCUACAGUAUUAGUAACUCAAAAAUCUACAGCAGUAAUAGCAGCGCCACCACCAACAACCAGUGAUCCACCAAUAACUAUAACUUCAACCAGCACAAAUAUUAGUGAUAAUGGUGACGGUAGUUCAACAACUAAAACUGUAGUAUUAUCUAUUUCUGUAAUUGGUGGUGUUCUUAUUGUGGCAGGUGCUAUUAUAGGUGUAUGGAAAUAUAAAAAAUCAAAUAAUGAAUUAUUGGAUGAAGGUGAAGUUGUGUUAAGGGAUAGCCGAGGUGAUAUCGUGGGUGAUCCAUUCAAAAAUACACUGGAUCAGUAUCAUAAAAAAUGUGGCUUAAAAGAUAAAUAUUUACUAAAAAAUUAUCACGAGAAACUUUUCUUUGAAGAUUCUGCAAAAUCCAAAUUAAUUUUAUCACUUAUACAUCUUGAUAAGGGAUUUGAAGAUUUAAGCGAACAAACCAACACCAAUAGGCCACAGUUUCCAGGUGAAGAUAUCAUUUGUCGGAAGAUUGCAAAAGAAAUAUUUAUUAGUGGGAACUUCGCGUAG